AUGCGGCAACUGGGACUUUUUGCCACAAAUUUAGCGUGCAUUUUUGUGGUGAAUUUGAUCAACAGUGCUGCGUGCAAUGAAAAUGGUUAUCCGGAAACGCGAGGUUUGACGGUGAUUGGCAGCACCAAGUUGACGUGUGGAAGGCGAUUUUUCACUGCAACUCGUGACGGUGUCGGAACAGCAGCCAUUGUUGGAGGUCGGGAUGCAGAACCCGGCGAGUUCCCCUUCAUCGUUUCCAUUACCCAUGGGGCCAAAGAAGCGCAUUUUUGCGGCGGGUCACUCAUUGGCACCAGACACGUUCUCACUGCUGCCCAUUGUCUGCAAAAAUUACGAACAAACCUCCAAGUGAAGGUCAGGGAAUACGACAUUUUUCGGACUGAACAACCACCAGCCGCGGCUUUUCCAGUCUCCUCGUUCGACAUGCAUCCUGGUUGGAAUCCAUCAACCUUGAUUCACGAUUUGGCAAUCAUCACUCUUGACAAAGCCGUGGAUUUUGACUCAUUCGCACAACCCGUGUGUUUGCCGUGUUGCCCGAAUUCCGCCAUGGGUGGAGUGGACCAUCUCCUGGGUCAAAAUUUGACUGUUGCGGGAUGGGGAGCCACAGUAGAAGGCGGUACCAUGUCGCCGAUUCUGCAGAAGGUCUCGGUGCCAAUCAUCGAUUACGGAAGUUGCAAAUCCAAGUUGUUUCCUCAAUUCUUCAUCGCCGAGACGCACGUUUGUGCUGGUCUCACCCGAGGAGGAAAAGACUCUUGUCAAGGUGACAGCGGCGGGCCGUUGUUCAAAGAAGAGGAGGGUUUCAUGACGAUCGAAGGGGUCGUGUCAGCUGGGAUCGGCUGUGCCCGUCCGGACAUGCCCGGGGUUUACACCAGGGUUUCGGAAUACGUGCCCUGGAUAAUGUCGAUCAUGAAUUCGGGUUCGACAGAAACACCAGCAGCAUCAAAUGUUGUGCCAGACAAGCCGAAAGCCGUGGAAACCAGCACCAAUAAGAUCCCCGACGUCGCCGGGGCUUUCUUUGAUGAAGCAUCAGACAAUGAGUCGAGUUCACGACCAAAUAAUCAUCAGAAUACGAAUUACAGGCCUCAAAACGAAGCAGUACAGUGGAUCGCAAAUUUGUUCAAUUUGUUCGGCGGCAACGCUUUUGGGAGGCGACGAUGA